AUGAUGACAAGCAAACUUUGGUAUAUCUUCGCGACUACAAGCAUUUUGAUGACAGUUAUAAAAGCAAAUGCAGUCGUUGAAAGUGAUUCUGCAGCGGCACCGGAUUGGAUUGGUAUUUGGAGUACUGACACGAAGUGUAAUAAGCUUGCGUGCUGCUGUCUUUUUGAUCAAAUCACUACUUCAGCUGUCGCAAAUGAAACCAAAUUACGAAUCAUAGGACAAGUCGAUGGAAUUGGUAUAUGUAGAAGUAACCUAAUUGUAUUCAGCGAGGUCAACAUGCCAAAGGACUUCAAAAUGCCGUUCGACCUAUUUGGCUUUUCUCUUAGUCUAUCAUUGAGUGAAGAUAGCAAAGUUAUUUCGGCUAUCAAUCCUAAAGACUCGCAGUGUAACACGAUCGCUACCAGACUUCACUCUGCAGCAAACAGAAUUGAAGUGCUGUUUUCUGCUGUUUUGUUAUCGAGUUUUGUAGGAAUGAAAACUUAUUUUUGA